AGACAGAUACAAAGAUAAAAUUUGGUGGAAGAAAGAUAAGAGAGAACUAGUGCAACCUGUUCAGCAACAGAAAACAGACCCCAUAUUACAUAUACUAUAGAAUUUCGGAACAGCCUAUAAGCAGAGCAGUGAAUUUCGGAACGCAGCCUAUAAAGAGCGCACGCAGAGAAGACACCAACACCUUUGGACACACGUCACACAGCUGACGUAUCUUUACACACAUACCACGUUACCUGUCAAUGCUGUCGAUCGAGGAAUUGAAUACAACACGUAAAACGUGAAAGAUGUCAUUGACAUUUCAACAAAUUUUUAUGGAUGCCAAGAAAUUAGUUGUUCGAAUUACGGAUCAUGAAAAUACAGCGGAUACUCUGAUAAGUGAGGUAGAAGCAGUUUGUGGUCAAAUUGAUAAUAUGAAACAGUAUCAAGAAGAAAUAGAAAUUUUAAAUAUGGAAGCAAAACAAAGGCCACAUCUGCAAUUAAUCGCUGGAAUCCAAAGGGAAAAUAGACAUUUACGAGAAAUACAAGCGGAAAAUAAAGAAUUAAGGAGUGCAUUGGAAGACCAUCAAAAUGCACUUGAACUUAUAAUGUCCAAAUAUCGACAGCAAACUGCCUCUUUAUUACGUCUUAGUAAAACUGAUUUUUCGUCGUUGCACAAUUCAAAGUAUGCUAAUAUUAUAACCAGUCAAGCAGAGAAAAUUAACGAAAUGGCAGCUGUAAUGAAAACUGCCGCCGCCUUAGAUGAGGAAAAUGAAUUGAAAGAGAAGGAAGCAUUUCAAUCGUUGAAGGAAGAGAACAUCGUGCUCCGUGAAAUAAUUAAUAUUGCAAAUAAGUAUGGUUCUAUAAACAAAGAAUGUCCUGUAGAAAACAAAACCGUUCAAACAGAUCCGUCGAUAGAUUAAAGAAACUUACUAGAGUUUGCGAUCCUUUUUACACAAGUUGACCAGUAUUUAUUUCAUAUACACAAGUUCAUGAUACACACACACCCACACACACUGAUACAUAUUACAUAAAAUAUUAAUAUUAGAUAAAAUUUAUUGCUUAUAGGUUUAAAGUAUAUGUGCAAGUUGUGUAGUAUACAUAUGUGUGUAUGUGUGUGUGUGUGUGUGUGUAUAUGUGUAUAUGUAUAUAUAUUACUUAUUAUCUAUUAAAUACUUAUAAUAAAUUAUAUAAGCCAUUUGCCACUA